GGUUCAAGGUGUGCGAGCAUCCACUGAAGUCAUAGUUUGUUCCUCUAAUUUGCUUCAAUGCGGAUGCCCAUCAGAUUGCCCCAUGAAAUAUUCGUAUGGUCGCGGCAAAAGGGCUGCAAGCUUUCCAAGACCGUAGUCUUGUGCUCAAGCGUUUGAGGGAUGAGAAUCUGGGCUUCUGGGGAGUUCGUGCCACACUGGCACAUUGCCUGAAGUGCGUAGAGGCUCUGAGACCCAGUGAUCUACUGGAGGUUUUUGCGGCAUGCCGCAAAGUGGGAGACUGGUCCCUUGCGUGGCAAUGCUUCCAUGAGAUCAAAACCAAGUUUGCCGAUGCUCGACACGUGGUACUUGGCAAUGCUUGUAUGUCUACAUGCUCUGAGCUCAGCGCUUGGCAGAACUCUCUCCAAGUACUUUCUCAUAUGAAGUGGGUGCAGAUGGAGACUGACCUGAUAUCCUGCAAUACAGCCAUAGAUGCGUUUUCUAGGCACUGGCAAAGAGCCACUGCCUUGCUUCAGAACUCUUUGUCAAAGCAUUUGCAAUGUGAUUCGGUCUCCUGGAAUAGUUUGGUGCGAACAUACAGAAGCUCAAGGCUUUGGCGGCUUUCGUUGGAGGUCGUUUGUGUCUUGCCUGGCUUUGGCUUGAAAGCAGACCGGAUCAUGAAGACCUUGAAUGCAGCCUGUGUAGACACUUUGUGGCAAAGGGCCACGGCCGUCAUGAUGCGAGAUGGAGACUACUUGAACACACAGGAAACCUUGGACACUUUGGACACUUUGGCUUGCAAUGCUCUUGCCAACUGUGCUGCUAGGGGGCAGGCAUGGGAGAAGGCGAUGGCAACUCUGAAGCCCAUGCAAGGUCUUAAGAGUCUUAAGCCAGAUAUCAUAUCUUUCAACACGGUCUUGAAUGCCUUUGAGCGAAGUGUGCGGUGGCCUCUCGCGCUGGAAAUCCUUGGCGAAGUUGUUCUUCUGCACUUGCAACCCAAUUCUGUCACUCUGGGUACAGCCAGUUGCGCAUGCGCCAGCUCCACUGCGUGGGAACUGUCUUUGAGGGAUGUGAGCACACACAAUGGCGGCGCCAACAACACUUUCCUUGCUUUCUCAUACAGUGCUGCUGCUUCUGCAUUUGCCUCUAUAAUCAAGUGGGCGGAGGCCUUGAACCUUUUCAGGAUGGCAAGGUCAAAAGCCUUGUCGGAACAGCUGUUCUCUGCUACCAUGCUUGCUUGUGGUCUUGCGUGUCCAGACCGAUGGGCCCAGACAUUUCAUCUCAUGUCUUUCUGGGAGCAGGGUGAUUUGCAGAUCUCAUCGGAAUCAUUAAAUGCAGUUUUCCAAGUCUGCUACACGAGCUAUCAGUGGAGGUACCCUCUACACCUGCUAUUGAAGAUGCAUCGGCUCCGAAUACCGCUGGAUUCGUCUGGGCUGUCCUGUUUGAUUCGAAUCUGUGGACAUGCAGGUGCUUGGGAAGCUGGAACAACAUUGCUGCCAUAUUCAACAGACAGUCUAGACCCGGUUUGGUCGUCAAAUUGUUGGACUUGCGAGUCUUCAGCGUCACCAGCGCCUGUGCUUCCAGCCUUACCCACUCUGGCACCGCAAAGCAGAAAGUGGAGACCUUGAAGUCUGACCUGGAAGAGGGGUGCCAAUCUCUGGGCGAGCUGAACAAGCUGUGCCUCCCACGUAUUUGAUGGCUCUGAUGCGCUUUGAUAUGUUGAGUCAGGACCACGUGGUUGUGCGCUGACGCUUGAUCGAAUGAGAGACUAGGCAUUCAUUCUGGCUUCAAACAGCGUAACAGGCAAGAUGUUGGUUUGACAUGUACACAACCAGGAUAAACAUGGAAAGCAAAUGGCUGAAGGGUUUCCAUCUCCAUUUCCAUGCGAUGAGUAGAGCAGACUUGGAUGACAUUUCUUGGAAAAGGCGUCUGACCCAAUGGGUUGCCCGAAGCAGGUUGCAGUAAGGCUCGAGUUCCAAGUGAGGCAAUGAUGGCCUUAGGAAGUGAUGAAGGGCUGCAAAUCAGCGUGACAAAAAGCCACUGGUGCCAUCUCCGGAUGUUCAGCAAAAA